AGAUGGCUUGGAACGGGUCGAAGGAUGAGGAAGAGAGGGGGCUUGAGCUGAGCCUCGGCCUGCCUGGCUACUUCUCCGGAUCACCAGGCCAAGAAGGCUUGGAGGAGAAGGGAGGCCGCCGUGGUGCUGCUGGUGCUGGAGCAAAGGGAAGAAGCAACGGCUCCAAGCCAAGCAGGCCGGCGGCCGCCGCUCCGGUCGUGGGGUGGCCUCCGGUGCGCUCCUUCCGGCGCAACCUUGCCUCCUCCUCGUCCAAACCACCAGCCGCCGAGCCACGCCACGGCGCGGGCGGCAAGGCUGAUGGCAGCAUCUACAAGGGCCGGUUCGUGAAGAUCAACAUGGACGGCGUCCCCAUCGGCCGGAAGGUGGACCUUAAGGCGCACGGCAGCUAUGGCAAGCUCGCCGCCGCCGUCGACCACCUCUUCCAGGGCCUCCUCGCCGCUCAAAGGGACGAGAGCUCCUGCGCGGUGGGGGAGAAGCACGCGGCGAUCACGGGGCUGCUGGACGGCAGCGGCGAGUACACUCUGGUUUACGAGGACGACGAGGGCGACCAGAUGCUGGUCGGGGACGUGCCAUGGGACAUGUUCAUCGCCACCGCGAAGAGACUGCGCGUACUGCGGAGCUCGGAUCUGAACGCGUCCUCGCUACGAGCGGCGGUGAGCCGGAAGAGGGGAGCGGCCGGGUGCUGAGCCAUUUAUUUAGGGAGAACACAUGUCACUCUCGAUCGGAAUGUUUUCUAUCCUUUUUGCAAGCUAGCUAGACUUUCUGCUAUCGAUCUGUAUAAAUUUCCCAGAUCUCUUGGCUAUCAUCGUGUCAUGUUGCUAUCAUCGAGCAGGCCUGACUUGCACUGUUAGGAUCAUGUAUCUAGUGCAGUGUCGUAACUCGUAAGGUGUUGAUUUUUGGAACGGCGCAGGAAUGCUAAGUUUGGCUUUUAUCGAC